ACUCGCCUCGUUUAGAAUAGCUGCGGUGCUGGAGUAGUCUACACUCGUCGCCUGAUAGUUCAAGACAAAACGGAACAUCGAACCUUUUUCAUUUGAUUUAUUUGGUUCGAUUUAAAUCCUCUUCUCACACAAGAUGUGACUCUUUUCAAAGAACAGACUAAUACCUUAGAAUAUCCAUGUCGUUCAGGAUAGCUGGGAGAGAGAACGUCAAUGGUUUUUCUACGAAUGGAAGUUAUUUGUUGUGAAUUGUUUUGAAUAUGUUAUUCCGAAGUGAGUUUGUUUUUUGUUUGUCUCCGUUCGUCGUGGACCUUUAAUUUGGAAUCUAACGACGAAAUCCAGAUCGUCAAGGGAAACCCAAAGCGAGGAUUCUACAAAGCCAGAGAGCUCACAGACCGGGGAUUUAAAUUGUUUGGUGUGCUCCGGGAGAAGCGAGAGUCAAAGAAAGAAAUUCAUGUGGCCAUUCUCUCUUUAGCAAAACAUUUUGGAUUGCAGAAUGAGCAAGGAAAGACCUAAGAGGAAUAUCAUCCAAAAGAAAUACGAUGACAUAGAUGGGAUCCCCUGGUCAGAGGAGAGGGAUGUGAGGAAGGUGCUCUAUCUCUCCCUGAAGGAGUUCAAGACUGCUCAGAAAAGGCAGCUUGGAGAUGGAACCAAAUACACAAAUGGUUCUCAUGCCCGCGGCCAGCUCAACGGCUUGGGGCAGAAGGGCCACAAGGCUGACGGGUUGCGGUUCCAGAGCACCGAUGGCAGCAGCGAGUACUCUGAGGAUGGUCCUGCCAAGAAGAGGCCCAGACUGCAAGCGCAGAGGAAGUUUGCCCAGUCUCAGCCCAACUCUCCCAGCACCACGCCGGUCAAGGUGUCUGAUACCGCCCUGCCCGCCCCCUCCGCUCACAUCAGAGACAUCUCCAGACGGAAACCCAAGACUGAGGACUUCCUCACCUUCCUCUGCCUGAGAGGUUACUCCUCCUGGCCAAAUGAAGGUUUGUCAGCGUUGCCCAGUAACAUGGCGUACUUUGGGAGCUCUCAGGAUGAAGAUGAGCUGGAUGACGAUGAAGAGGAAUACGAGGAUGUGAAGCCAGACAUCAGCGUGGCGUCUACUUCCUGUCAGUCCACGCCCAGGAAGGGCAAACCCCCAGGGAAACAUGCCGUCAACGGCCACGUGUUGAAUGGCCACAGCAAGUCGCCCCGGGACAGCCACAAGCCCAGAGGGAAGGAGUGGGUGCAGGUGAGGGAGCGCAGUGAGAGGGCCGAGGCCCGGAGGGAGCAGGCCCUCAGCCAGCCAGAGGCCACAGCCAGGGGCCACACUACCAAUGGACUGCCUCACAGGAGGGCUGCAGAGGAGCCCCGAAAGCAGGUCUUUAAAGUGAACGGCGUCACACGGCUCUCCCAGCCAGGCGUGCACACGGCCGGUGCCCAAAAAACGAAAGACUUCAGACUGCCGUCCAAAACUGUGAAGGGCCAAGUCACAUACACCAAAGCAAAACGAGAACUGGUCAAGAAAACCAAACUGAACCACCGCAAACACAGCACUGCUGCUUCCCAUAGAGCCAAUAGCAACAAUCACCACCGCCACCAGCGACUCCCCCUCUCCAACUCAGGAAAAGCCCAGAAUAGCAAAGCAAAAACACGCAAACAGGUGCUAUUAUCCAAUGGGGUGUACAAGGUGGCUAACGGGGGCAGUGUGCGCCUCAACGGUCGCAACUGUGCCAAGCAGGAGGUGGGCAGGCAGGGGCGUGAGGGGCUGAGGAACUCCAAGCGGAGGCUGGAGGUGGCGGUAGCAGCCAUCGGGGCGGUGGCUGACUCCCAGGGUCAGCUGGUCAUCCUGGAGAAUAACCCCAACCCUAACAAGACAAAACAGCACCAGACCAGCCCUCUGGAAACACGCAGUAAGAAAGCAUGUCAGGACAAGACCUUGGUCCCCAACGGACACAUUGUCAUGGAAACCACCCCUCCCCCGACCCUGCUAGCCCCACCCCCUCCCCCGACUCCUCCCACCACACCACUAGCCAAUCCAGAGCCAGAGCGUCAGCGGCCCAAGCGGGCGUCAGCCGGCAAGCUGAUGUUCAUCAGACAAGCACAGCAGCGGGGGCAGGUUGCCUCUAACCCUAACCACAACCGCUCAACUACCUCAGAAUCCCCUUGCCACACUUCUGGACACAACCCUGGACAUAUCCCUCACAAACCAGCAGAGCCCCGGCCUGACAGGGAGUGGGAAAGGGAGAAGGAGAGGGAGAGAGAGAGGGAGAGGGCGGAGAGGAGCAGGGUGAGCUGGGCGGCGUUGGGUGAGGCGCCAGUGUUCUGUCCCACCCAGCGGGAGUUCCAGGACCCCCUGGUGUACCUGGACUCUGUGCGGGAGGGGGCGGAGCCCUGCGGACUGUGUCGGGUGGUUCCCCCGGCUGACUGGCGCCCAGAGUGCAAACUGAACGAUGAGAUGCGCUUUGUGACCCAGGUGCAGCGCAUCCACAAGCUGGGCCGUCGCUGGGGCCCCAACGUACAGAGGCUAGCAUGCAUCAAGAAGCAUCUCAAAUCUCAGGGCAUCACCAUGGAAGACCCCCCGCUCAUCGGUGGCUGUGAGGUUGACCUGGCUCGGUUCUUCCAGCUGAUUAAUGACAUGGGUGGCAUGCAGCAGGUGAUGGACCUGAAGAAGUGGAGUAAACUGGCUGAUCUGCUGCGGAUCCCCAAGUCAGCCCAGGACCGUCUGGCCAAGCUGCAGGAGUCCUACCUCCAGUACCUGCUGUCGUAUGACUCUCUGUCCCCCGAGGAGCACCAACGCCUGGAGAGGGAGGUGCUGCAGGAGAAGGAGGGCUUGGAACGCCUCAGGGGGCCCCUGGAGGGCCACACAGAGAGGAACCUGGCCCUGCCGCGCUACGAGCCUAAGAACGGGCUGGCCGGCAGUCUGGUGCAGCGCAGCAACGGUCAACUGUGCAGCCGGCUGAAGGAGCUGGACAGUCAGCAGCUGAAGGUGGGACGCCGGAGGCUGUUCGCUCAGGAAAAGAAUAAUGGGGACAAGACACAGCAGGAGGAAGAGGAGGCGGAUAUGGAGAAAGGUGUUCUCAGUGACCAGCACAAGUGUAUUUACAAGGGGAAAUCUGUAUCUCUCACCAACUUCUUUAGGAUAGCCAGGAACACCAUGACCAUGUGCUUUAACAAAGAGCCCGGUGCUGCUGAGGUCGAGCAAGAAUACUGGAGGAUAGUGGAGCAGAGGCACUGCCAUGUGGCAGUGCAUUAUGGGAAAGUGGACACCAACACACACGGAAGUGGCUUCCCUGUGGGAAAGUCCGAGCCAUUUUCUAAACAUGGAUGGAACCUCACUGUCCUCCCAAAUAAUUCUGGAUCCAUUCUGCGGCAUCUUGGAGCCGUGCCCGGGGUGACCAUUCCCUGGCUGAACAUUGGCAUGGUCUUUUCUACCUCAUGCUGGUCUCGAGACCAAAACCGCCUUCCAUACAUUGAUUACUUACACACUGGUGCUGACUGCAUUUGGUAUUCUGUUCCUGCUGAAGAGAAGGUGAAGCUUGACAAGGUGGUUCACACACUGCUGCAGGCCAACGGGACCCCUGGGCUGGAGAUGCUGGAGAAGAACAUCAUGAUCUCUCCGGAGGUGCUUUGUCAAGAGGGUAUCAAGGUCCACCGCACCGUCCAGCAGAGUGGUCAGUUUGUGGUCUGCUUCCCUGGAACCUUUGUGUCCAAGGUCUGCUGUGGCUACAGUGUGUCGGAAACCGUUCACUUUGCCACCCCCCAGUGGAUGAACCUGGGAUACGAGGCUUCUAAGGACCUUAAAUGCCGGCACAUAGCCAAACCCUUCUCCAUGGAGAAGUUACUCUACCAGAUCGCCACGGCUGAAUCGAAACGCGAGAACGGACACCUUCUGACAACAAUCUCCGCUCUUCUCAAAGACCUCAGGAACAUAGAGAUGAGACAACGGCAGGAACUGUACGAGGCGGGGCUUCUGUCUUCUGCCCGCUACGGAACACACGACAACAACCUGGUGCCCGGCGACGGACGCAAGAAACCCAGGAAGUGGCUGGCGCUAGAGUCCUCAGAGAGACGCUGCCAGACCUGCCAACACCUCUGCUACCUGUCCAUGGUGGUCCAGGAGAAUGAGAACGUGGUCUUCUGUCUGGAGUGUGCUCUGAGAUACGUGGAGAAUCACAAGUCCUGCAGAGGCCUCAAGAUGAUGUAUCGUUAUGAUGAGGAGCAGAUCAACAGCUUGGUGAAGCAGGUGUGCGGCAAGGCCCUGGGGAAGACGACUGAGAAAUGUAAUGGUGCGAGCCCCUUUAAACCACCACCCAAACGCGGACCCCGGAAGAGAGCCACCGUGGAAGUGUCCCUGUCCCGCCUCUCCUCCCACCUGUCUCCAGCAGCCGUCUCCUAAGGACGUUAACCAUCCCCACUGCCCCUCCAUCUUAGUUUGGCCAAUCACUGUUGUCCUUUUUAAAGAAAUAAUAAAUAUUUCCAGCUUUUAAUGCCCCAAAUAUCCCCUAUCUAUGCCCCUUACCAUGACAAACAACCCCCCCAAUUAGUAUGGCAAACUUGUGAAAGCAAACUGUAUUUUUUUGCACUAGUACAGAAAAAACUAUUUUUCAGUUUAUUUUUUUUUUGGGGGGGGGGGUAGUUGAUGUCAUCCUUAGCAUUAAUUGAAAAGUUCACCGGUAAAUGUUGUGCCCCUUGCACUGUCCCCCUCUACACUUUUUGAGGAUAGGGUCAGAUUGGUCUUCCCUACCCACACUGCAGUCACACCCAUCGCCACCUGUCAACUGUGAACAAAGGGACGAACGGAGAAGGUGCUCCUUUUUCAUUUUUAUUGAAAGUAGAACCCAAAGUUUGCUCUCGUCUUUAGUUUUUGAAGAUGAAUUGUUUAUAUUCUCCUUUUUCACCUGCAGCAGCUCCUGUUGUUCAGGGUCUGUUGCUCCCUAACUCACGCCAGGUAAAACUUGAAAGGCAGAUGUUUUGGCUUGCUUGUUUUUAUUUUGGAUUUUAGCUUUGAUUUUAGUCUUCUGUGUUUAUUUUGUUGUUUUGUUCCUUGGUGGCUGUGGAACUAGCGGUGCCGUGGCUGUACGUCAGAAAUACAGCCUGGUGUGCCGUAUGUCAGAAACACAGACCUAGGUGCCGUGGCUGUACGUCAGAAAUACAGCCUGGUGUGCCGUAUGUCAGAAACGCAGACCUAGGUGCCGUGGCUGUACGUCAGAAAUACAGCCUGGUGUGCCGUAUGUCAGAAACGCAGACCUAGGUGCCGUGGCUGUACGUCAGAAAUACAGCCUGGUGUGCCGUAUGUCAGAAACACAGACCUCGGUGCCGUGGCUGUACGUCAGAAAUACAGCCUGGUGUGCCGUAUGUCAGAAACACAGACCUAGGUGCCGUGGCUGUACGUCAGAAAUACAGCCUGGUGUGCCGUAUGUCAGAAACGCAGACCUAGGUGCCGUGGCUGUACGUCAGAAAUGCAGACCUGGGUGCCGUUGGUCUCUGUGCCCGUAGUAGAAGGGAGGCCUCCUUCGCUAGCGAGUGAAAACUGUGCCUAAUACUCAGCAAGGAGAUCCAUCGUUUUUGGUGCUGUUGGUUAUUAUUACUGUAUAACAAUACAAAAGAAAGGUGAGGUGCUGGCUAACUACUACUCUCCUCUCCCACAGGGAUGAGGUUCAAGGUUUUCAUGUCCCACAGGGUUAGGGUUCUAGGCUCUCUUCUCCCACAGGGUUAGGUUAGGGUUCUAGGCUCUCUUCUCCCACAGGGUUAGGUUAGGGUUCUCGGCUCUCUUCUCCCACAGGGUUAGGUUAGGGUUCUAGGCUCUCUUCUCCCACAGGGUUAGGUUAGGGUUCUAGGCUCUCUUCUCCCACAGGGUUAGGUUAGGGUUCUAGGCUCUCUUCUCCCACAGGGUUAGGUUAGGGUUAUAGGCUCUCCUCUCCCACAGGGUUAGUUUAGGGUUAUAGGCCCUCCUCUCCCAAAGGGUUAGCUUAGGGUUCUAGGCUCUCCUCUCCCACAGGGUUAGGUUAGGGUUCUAGGCUCUCCUCUCCCACAGGGUUAGGUUAGGGUUCUAGGCUCUCCUCUCCCACAGGGUUAGGUUAGGGUUAUAGGCUCUCUUCUCCCACAGGGUUAGGUUAGGGUUCUAGGCUCUCUUCUCCCACAGGGUUAGGUUAGGGUUCUAGGCCCUCCUCUCCCAAAGGGUUAGCUUAGGGUUCUAGGCUCUCCUCUCCCACAGGGUUAGCUUAGGGUUCUAGGCUCUCCUCUCCCACAGGGUUAGGUUAGGGUUCUAGGCUCUCUUCUCCCACAGGGUUAGGUUAGGGUUCUAGGCUCUCCUCUCCCACCGGGUUAGGUUAGGGUUCUAGGCUCUCCUCUCCCACAGGGUUAGGUUAGGGUUCUUGGCUCUCCUCUCCCACAGGGUUAGGUUAGGGUUCUAGGCUCUCCUCUCCCACAGGGUUAGGUUAGGGUUCUAGGCUCUCCUCUUCUAGAUGUGCAAUCAUGUUAACAUUCCAUUCUUCCAGUCCUAUUGUUUCAGCUGUACCAGUAAACAUGACUUAUUUUAUUAUUAUUUUAUAUUUUUAUUGUGUAUGCGUUCUGAUGUGUGUGUAGAACCACUAGUCAAAGGGUGUAAAAUGUGAAAUAUGGAAAUCCAUGUUGUUUUUUUGCUUUUGCAUUUUCCCUUUUUCAGAUGUAUUAUGUUUGAUUUUUGGAGACAGUCCAACACAAAAACAAACUUUUGUACAUAAUCCUGUAAAUGUCUUUAAAUACUUGAGCCUUUUCUGGGGUGAAGGAAGGAAUGAUGCCUCUAAAGGUAUUAGCAGAGGCAAGGGAGGAAGUGCUUGAUGAAGAAAAAGCCUUACGUUUCAGUUUCUUCAUGUGUGUGAGUUUGAUGCUUACAGGGUUGCUCUGGUUACGUGUAUACAUUUAAGUGCUGCUUACAUCAGUGAGAACGAUAUGGAGUAGCAAUGGCCCCCUAUUUUAUUUUUAUUUUUUAGCUUUACUUUUUUAAAGAAAAGGGAAAAUAUGUUCAUAAAAAAAAUUGUUUUAAAUUUUCAUUACUGAAAAUUCAACAAUGUAGUAGCUCAUGUUGCACUGAGCUUGCCAGUGGUGGCUGACAAGGUGAUCCUAUUAUCAAGUUUGUUGGUUGUUGUCCUUUACAGAAGACUGAACUGUUUUAGGAGUAUUUAAUGAAAACCAAGUUGGGUGUUUUCCACAGAAAGUGGUUGUCAAGUUUGUAUGGCCUUACAAUGUAUUUUAUUCAGAUUUUUUUUUUUUUUUUGCAUUUUCUUUUUCUACAGUAUAAACUAUUGCUCACGGUCGGUCUGGCAAGUUAAUUUAUUAGCGAUGCGUCUCCAACUUUCCUUCCACUUGGAAAGAUUUCAUGUUGGUUAUAUUGCCAGUUUUUUUUUUUUUACUUUUGCAGUUUGUACUAAAGGUUUAAUAAAAACGUACAGACAA